UUUUAAAACUAUUUAAUGGUCGAAUCACGAAGUUUGCCGCGGUCACAUGCCAGCACCAACCUUACGAACAUGGAGUAGUAUGACAGUUUGCCCGAGCGCGUCCACCGCGCCUAACGUGUACGCUGCGGCAUAAAACCGAGCAAUCUUACGACCACUGAAGAGGACCUAUAGGCUGCCAUCAUGGGGGCCAUGUUCAGGAGCGAGGAGAUGGCGCUGUGCCAGCUGUUCAUCCAGCCCGAGGCCGCCUACACCUCCGUGUCUGAGCUGGGCGAGGCCGGCACCGUGCAGUUCAGAGAUCUGAACCCGGAAGUGAACGCGUUCCAGCGCAAGUUCGUGAACGAGGUGCGCCGCUGCGACGAGAUGGAGCGCAAGCUGCGGUACAUCGAGGCCGAGGUGCACAAGGACAAGGUGGAGGUGCCCGCCGUCAAGGAGCCCCCCAGGGCGCCCAACCCGAGGGAGAUCAUCGACCUUGAGGCCCACUUGGAGAAGACAGAGAACGAGAUCCUCGAGCUGUCCCACAACGCGGUGAACCUAAAACAGAACUUUCUGGAGCUGACGGAGCUCAAGCACGUGCUGGAGAAGACCGAGGCCUUCUUCCUCGCGCAGGAAGAGAACGCAGAGAUACAGAAAUCGCUAAUGUCCGACGAGACCAACCAAACCGGCAACACACAAGGCCGCCUCGGCUUCGUUGCCGGCGUGGUACAACGCGAGCGAGUGCCCGCCUUCGAGCGGAUGCUGUGGCGCAUCUCCCGCGGCAACGUGUUCCUACGCCGCGCCGAGCUGGACCAGCCGCUCGAGGACCCCAGCACUGGCAACGAGAUCUACAAGACAGUCUUCGUAGCGUUCUUCCAAGGCGAGCAGCUCAAGUCGCGCAUCAAGAAGGUGUGCACCGGCUUCCACGCGUCGCUGUAUCCGUGCCCGCCGAGCAACGCCGAGCGGCAGGACAUGGUGAAAGGAGUCAGGACCAGGCUUGAGGAUUUGAACAUGGUGCUAAACCAGACGCGCGACCACCGGCAGCGCGUCCUAGCCUCCGUGGCGAAAGAACUGGCCAGCUGGUCCAUCAUGGUGCGCAAGAUGAAGGCCAUCUACCACACGCUGAACCUGUUCAACAUGGAUGUGACGAAGAAGUGUCUGAUAGGAGAGUGCUGGGUGCCGACGGCGGAUCUGCCUAAUGUGCAGAAGGCGCUGGUUGAUGGAUCGAACGCGUGCGGCAGCUCGAUCCCGUCGUUCCUGAACUGCAUCGAGACGCACGAGGAGCCGCCCACCUUCAACCGCACCAACCGCUUCACGCGCGGCUUCCAGACGCUCAUCGACUCGUACGGAGUCGCCUCCUAUAGGGAGUGCAACCCUGCGCUCUACACAACGAUCACAUUCCCCUUCCUAUUCGCUGUGAUGUUCGGAGACCUGGGCCACGGCCUGAUCAUGGCCAUGUUUGGCGCGUGGAUGGUCAUCAAGGAGGUCAGCUUGGCCAAGAAGAAGUCCAACAACGAAAUCUGGAACAUUUUCUUCGCCGGUCGCUACAUCAUUCUCCUUAUGGGUUGUUUCUCCAUGUACACUGGGAUAGUCUACAAUGAUAUCUUCUCGAAGUCCAUGAAUAUAUUUGGGUCGUCGUGGCGGAUUCCGUAUGAUAAUGCGACUAUGGAGAACAACGCCGCGUUGACGCUGGAUCCCAAGGAUUCCUACUCCAAUGAGCCCUACUUCAUCGGUAUCGACCCUGUGUGGCAGACUGCAGACAACAAGAUCAUCUUCCUGAACUCGUACAAGAUGAAGCUGUCCAUCAUAUUCGGCGUGUUCCACAUGAUCUUCGGAGUCUGCAUGAGCGUCGUCAACUACAAUUUCUUCAAGCGUCGCUACUCGAUCGUGCUGGAGUUCCUGCCGCAGCUGGUGUUCCUGUGCCUGCUGUUCCUCUACAUGGUGUUCAUGAUGUUCUACAAGUGGAUCGCCUACAGCACCUUCUCCACUGACGAAGCCUACAAGCAGGGCUGCGCGCCGUCCGUCCUGAUCCUCUUCAUCAACAUGAUGCUGUUCUCGAGCACCCCGGCCGAGGGCGACUGCAAGGAGUUCAUGUUCGAAGGUCAAGGCCAGCUGCAGAGGGUGUUUGUGCUGGUCGGGUUAGCGUGUAUACCGGUGAUGCUGCUGGGGAAGCCGCUGUACUUGUUGAGCGCUAGCAAGAAGAAGGCUAAGGCUAAGGCAGAAAACUCCAACGGCACAGUAAACUCAGGCAUCGAGCUGCAAGAACAGACAGACAUCGAACAGAACGGCGCCAAGCCCGCCGCCUCCGCCUCCACCGAACACAGCAGCGAACACGAGGACGAGCCGUUCUCCGAAGUGAUGAUCCACCAGGCUAUUCAUACUAUCGAGUAUGUGUUGAGUACCAUCUCGCAUACCGCGUCGUAUUUGCGGCUGUGGGCGCUGUCGCUCGCUCACGCUGAGCUAUCAGAAGUCCUGUGGAGCAUGGUGCUGACGUUCGGGCUGCACGACACGGGCUACGUGGGCGCGGUGAAGCUGUACGUGGCGUUCUGCUUCUGGGCGCUGUUCACGCUGGCCAUCCUCGUCAUGAUGGAGGGGCUCUCGGCCUUCUUGCACACGCUGCGGUUGCAUUGGGUGGAGUUCAUGAGCAAGUUCUACUCGGGUCUCGGGUACAUCUUCCAGCCGUUCUGCUUCAAGACCAUCCUAGAACAGGAGGACAAGGACGAAUAAACAUUACACAGAACCAAUAACAAACUAAUUUAAUUCACGUUACACCUGUAACUGUAGUUUAGUGACGAAGCAGUAUUUUUUGACAUUUUAAGAGAAUCCGUCUCUCAGGUCACAAGUUAAAGUUUAAUAGUUGAUUGUAUUUUGAAAUAUAAUGAUGCACGUUUA